GGUACCGACGCAAUGUUUAGCCAAGCCUUUUAGUUCACCACCUGGAUCAACCUCGCUCUCCUUGGCCGACCUUAUCUAGAUCGUCUAGACAAGCCUCCAGGCUCUUCCAAGACAUUUAGCCUAACCCAGCCCAACCAUGAAGCUGUAAGUAGGCAGCGUAGACAGGCUAGCCAGCCAACCUUAUUUUCAGCUACGACCUCAGAUCGAGGUCUCAACGAAGGAAAAUAGGAUAGAUCGCCCUUUAGGGGACGCUAGAAUACAACGUAUUCGUCCGACGAACGAGCCUAGAGUCUGCAUAUCUCCCAUCUGCCAAGGGUGUGGCUGAUUGCCAUGUCUCCGUACAAAACGUGCUGAUGACAGCGACCGUAGAGGUAUUAAUUCUACGAGAUGCCCUUGCAGCGUGAGCAUAGUACUUGAAUCUCUAUCUCGUCCAAGAAGUUCAAAUCUAAAUAUCUACGCCGUCACGAACCCUGUCACAAUGUUGGCGAAAUCCUUCGUUUUUCUCGCCUUACUACGCCUGACCGCCUCCGAGUCAGUCAGCAUAACAGAGCUCCCCGCCUAUUCCGCCCAGAAGCCCUGCGCCCGGAAGUGUUUUACAAAUGGUGCCUACGAAGGGCCCGAUAAGCUAGCUAAUUACAUCGGCUGCGAAUAUCAUCUACCUCAAAACGAAUGCGUGUGCCGAUCAGAUAUACAACAAAGCGCCGACUCCUGGCUUAGUAGUUGCGUGAGCAAUUCCUGCUCGCGCAACGAAGUAGACGCUAGUAGCGCCGUUUCUAUCUACGACGCCUACUGUACAAACGCCGGCUACCUGCGCAUAGCACAGGUAACACCGACAUCAACUUCUUCAGAUAUAGAAUCGCCCACCAGUUCCUUUGGGAGUCAGACCCCAACAUUUACGGGUACAAUUAUAAACAAUGGAGACGAUAACCGGGGUGAACUGGGUACAGGCGAGAUCGUCGGUAUCGUUGUCGGUGUCUUAGGUUUCAUUGCAACGGCUAUAGGGACAUGGUUUACAUACAAGGCGAUCCGAAACAAGAGACAAGCGCAUUAUGAGGCGAAAGGUGGACCACAUGGAGGACCCUAUCUUAGUUAAAGGUGUGUCAAAUUGUCAGGGCGUUUAGUGCAAUAUAAUAGGCG